AUGAACUUCGACAAACCUCCUCUCCCCGCUGGCGCCAACAAGCUGCUCUUUCCCCUAGCACUCUAUCUUCAAGAUCUCCUACGUUUCAAAAACGACCCCAACGCGCCUAAACCAAUUCCUCCAAAGGAGCUUGACCUCAAGCUGCAAACCGAAUGCGAACUAAUUGCCGACGUAACGUUCGCGGCUUUUAGGAAUCCCAAGCAAGUGAAAUGGUCGCUCAGCGAGUACACAAAGGCUUCCAAGGGGGGGAAGAAAUUAGUCGCUGCUGACCGGGAAAAAGCUCUUCGUGACAAAAUGCCAGGAAUUUCAAGUACCAAGCCUGACGGCAACUUGGAAAUCACGGACGAACCUUUCUGCGUACGCGACGCCAAAGAGGUUGUUUUGGCAUGGUAUCUCCCGGGUGUUAUUUCAGUCGACCGACAGGAUGAGAUAUCUUACGCUAUCGAGUGGCUUUCGACUGCUCCAGACCCGCCGGCACUUGUGAUUGACCCCGAUACAAAUCAAAAGAACUUUCGGGCACACCCUUCACUCUUCUCCGAAUCUCAGUCGGGGACCUUCAGGAGCGGCGUAGCAACGUACGCCUCCGCGUGGCCCAUGCAAGGACAUCUCGACGGUCCGUUCGACCCAUCGGCCAGUUUCAAAAAUCCAAAGCAAGGGGGCCUUGACUUCAUCAAACUGAUGUCUGAGAGCCUAGCCGUUUUGGGCGGCAUCUUAGCGUUGGUACACCCUGCGCUGUUCCAGGCAGGUUUGGACGCUCUCGCCAACCUUGGAUCAGGUCACAUCGACAAUGUGGAAAAUCGCAAGUUAUUGAAAUCAGUCCUCAGGCAUUGGAGCACACCCUUUACCGCCAUAUCGGUCAUCGUCAAUCGCGAAUCUCCCUUCCAUACCGAUGCGGGAAGUCAUCCAAGCAGUUAUGACUUGCUGUAUGCUGGGGGAUCGUACCGCGGCGGGGUCUUGGAGAUUAAGGGUAUUGACGUGCGGGUGAUGUAUGAGCCAGGGACUGUCGUGCUCUUCCCAGCUGGGAUAUUUCCCCACGGCGUUCCUUCAGUGCAUGGGGAUCGCUUCUGUAUUGCCCACUUCUUUCGGCAUAGUGUACUGGAGCAGGUUCCCUACUUUAGGCCUCCUGCCCUUCCGAAGUUUGUUCACCUCAGUGAUAUCUACUUUAAUGGGUUCGCCGACGUCUCCUCAAAAUAG